CUUUUUUCUCAGCUUGCUGUUAUUGCAUAUGGGACAUUUAUGCUUAAAUUUGCAGUGUAGUACCGAUUCGCCCCUGUUAACGUAAUACAGAAAAGUGACGCGAAAAACGAACAAACGAACCAAACAAAAAACACGAACUGGAAACGAGACCACUCCCGAUACGUGUGAUCGACAGCGGACAACGUUUUUAAUCAACGCAGUGAAUCAGUGCAAUCAUAACCAGCAAAUUCAGAGGAAGGAAAACAAAUAAGAAGCCAACAUGCAACACCUAUCGGUUUUGACAGCUGGAUGGAGCUACAUUCCGACCGGUUUGAUGUUUGGCUACCUGCUGAUGUUGCCGAUUUCGGAGAAUGCAACCUUCGUCGACAUUUACCGGGAGACCAUGUUUUGGCCUUUCAUUGUUGCCAUUAUCACGCUCAUCAUUUCGGUAGCGCUCACAAACGGCCUGAAGCUGAACUAUCGCAAGUGCCAGUUUGUGCACCUAUACAUCCAGUUGGUUGGCCAGUUGUUCUAUGGGCGCCGGGUUGAUUUUUUGCUUGUCAAAGAUGUGAUUCCGGCCAUCUACCUGGGUGCUUGCGGGUUUGGGCUAACCAUUAUUCCGGGACUGAGCUACAUUCACAUCCGAGCUCCUGGCCGCUGGCGGUCCAUCUACAUGGCACUGUGCUACUUCUGGUUUCUGACCGGAGUGGCCGGAGCUGCAACAAUGUACCUGAUUGAUGUUGCCAUCUGGACGGGCAACUCCACGAUCAAUGAGACUAUUCACACUAACUUUUCCACGUGUCUGUUGGCGGGAAGCUGCUUUGUCAUAGUUUUGCUGGCCAUCAACGAGAUGUUGCAACGCGAAGGAAUUGUGGACUACAAAAAGCCGUUGGAUUUUGAUACAGAUAUUGCGCAUGAAAGCGGAAAACUGUUGACCCGCAGAGAACCGAGAAAUUUGUUCAAUAACUUCACCUCGCCGAAUCCGGCCACGCUGACGAAUGGGGGAGCCGCUAAGCAAUGGAACUCUUCGACAGAACAAAUUAUUAUGGACACGGGCCAUGCAGGAAAGAACUUCCACACUUUGUGGGUUUUCUAUAUGAUUUUCACAAAACUGCAAGGAUUCAUUGCAUUCUACUGGGUAUUUGUAGUGUUAGGGAUUCAGUUUAGUCCUAUCGUGUUUGAAAAUACAACAACCGCAUAUUCAAUAUUCUGGUUCAUGGUAGUGGGAUCGUUGAUCGGAGUUUUUUCAAUGUUUUUCGUAAACAACAAAAUUCUUUUUAUAGUGGCCUCAAUUGGUCAUACGGUUGGACUUAUACUGGCUGUGGCUUUCUACUACACAGAAUCUGAACUUCUGAACAUUGGCAUAGCACUGAUUGUGUUCUUUACAUUUAUUGGAGUGACUUUGGUGAUACCAGCCAUCAAUAUACUGGAGCUUGCCUCAUUGAACUUCAACGAGUUCUUUUUGGCAGUUGGAUCCAUUCUAGAGUUGAUUGGAAUAUCACUGAUUCAGUACUUUGGAGCUACAAAUCCUUCAUUCUUCUUUGGAUUAAAUCCAGAUACGAUGGGUCCGGCGGACAAUCAUAAAGAAGUUAUAGCUGCCCAUUUCAUAGCAAUGAUAGUAUUGAGCGUCGUUCUGCAAGUGAUUGUUUUGUGGCACAUGCCAAACACGUUCCAAAAAACACUUGCCGAAAUAAACUCUGAUCUGGCACGCAUGACAUCGUAUUUCGCAUUCCGAAGGACAAUGGUUCCAAUUACGACACAUGCAGCGAUGAAUCGAGCAUUUACCGAGAGCAUUGCAUCGGAACAACCUGACGUAGAAGAAAAGCAGUUGAGCACACGGAAUGGUCAUCUUGCCACCCGAUUUAAUGAUAGAAGUGACGAGCAUAGUGACCGGAGAAGUCCCUACAAUGAUUUCUCCGAGAAUAGUAGAUACGUCAGGCAAACAAUAGUAGAAAGAGCAUAUUCGCCCUCACCAGAUCGUGAUGAUCCAUACCUUCAGGAACAACUUCAACGGCAGCACGAGCGUAACUACAUAAUGUCCAGACAACAACACUACCAACAUCACCCAAGAAAUUCACCGGAACCUCAACAGUACAACUAUCUACCGGAGCGGCAGUCCGAGCAUCCGUUCCAACAGCGAUACAAUCCCGAGUACGACGAUCGUCCCCGCAGUAACGCUAGCCAACAACAGAACCGAUACACGCAAGGACCUCCUCUACUUUCCCGCCAACAAUAUUACGAACAGUACAGCCACGAUCGCACACCGCCCCUCCAGCCCAAACCUCCAUCCGUACGUCAAACGCCGACCCCUCCCGUUGACUCACAGCCGACUCUGGCUCGCUUGCGGCGUCCACAGCAAUCCCAAACCGUCAAGUCUGAACCCGGGUACGUGUCCCGACCACGGCUCGAAACGCAGAAAAGUGAGGCGCCAGCCCCACCGCCAAUGCCCCCGGCAGACUACCUGACCAAAUCGCUGCCCCGGAUCAAACCGGACCGACCCUCACGCGAGAGCAUCCACCCGGUGCUGAUGCUGAACGCAAAGCCGGCCCGGCCCCAGGAAGAGAUCAUACCCGGGGUCGAGUACGCUCACAAUCUACGGCCAUCGGAGUUUUUGCGCCAGUCCCGCCAGUUGAGUCAGUAUCGCGACUCUACGAUGGCCAUUUAAAAUCCGGAUGAAAGUGGUUUUAGGAGUGCUAGAGAAUAAGAUGUUGCAAAAUAAACGAGUAAUAACUAGAAGUUUUGUGAA